UGCGUUGCGUUACUUGCGUCACGUGACAUAAGCUAUGCCUAACGAUACGUGGUCGCGUCCAUUCUAACCUAACCGUAGUACGGCUACUACUCUACGCUAACGUGUAAUUUUUUCCCUCCUUUGCCUCGAUCGGCUGAUCCUAUAUUCAACGGACUCUCCAUUGACGUGAUAUUUUCCAUUAUAUAAAAGUUUUUGUCAAACGGCUAAUGUUUGAAGAGAGAUAAUAAACGUGCAAAAUGUCAGAUAAAAACAAGAGAAAAUCUCGCGUGUAUUUGGCUGGAAAAGAAAGCACGGUUAAAGCUGUUGAACUUCUGCAAACAAGGUUGAAUAAUAAGAAGCGAAGUUGGGAUAAUAAGAAUAACGAUAAGUGUCAGAAAAUGACACAUCGCUGCACAAGCGUGCCAUUACAAAAGAAAUCGGAUUACGUAUCACUUACAGGAUUCUCCAAAAGCUUAUUUAUGUUAGAGAUUAGGUCACAUUUAGGUAAACAAAAUUGGAAGCAUAUACAACACCUAUUUCCAUUUUUAUUAGAUUAUUCCAAUGAAAUAGAGUAUUUAAUUUGGCGUUAUGCAUUAACAAUUGUGUUGUAUAGUGAUAAUAGUGAUUUAUCCAAUUUACAACAAUUUUUGGAGAUUUGCGUUGGUAAUCACAGAUUGAACGAUAGGAAAGAAUUAGAGAGAUUAUUGUUAUUACAAAGUAGGAACUAUUAAUAAAUGUGGUAUUAAGACAUCGAAUGCCAUGGCUACAAUGAAAGCCGACUGGCACUGAAUUUGUCUGUAGCGCCUUAGGGCUAAUUAAUUUUUAAUUAUUAAAAUACGAAUGGACAUAAAUUUUUAUUUAUUGAAAAAACUUGUUUCAUAACUUUAUUACAUAUUUAUCUAUGGGUGGGCAGGGCAUUGAUCGGUAGCUUGAAAAACGAAUUGUAAUGUAGACCUUAGCAAUAGAUUAGUCUAUCUAAUGUUGUAUCGGUGUCGGAUAGAAGUCGACUUAAAAAAUGGAACGUAAGAGAAAGAUCACUUUGCAAGGGCAAUAUAUCUUUACGCAUAUUCAAUUAUAUUUUUUUAAACGGAAAUAAACUUUGUAAUAAACUUAUCAAAUACACUUACAAAUUUGUUCAUA